AUGGACGUCGGCCUGAACAUCAUCGUACUGAUCGUACUUUAUUCAACGUUAGCGGUAACCGGCCUAUUAGGCAAUAUCUGGGUGCUGAUCACCGUCUCAUCACAACUACUCGGCUGUUGCGGAUCGUCAGGACAUCGUGGACGAGUUAUGAAGCCGAAUACGCAAAGUUCAGCAUACAUUUACCUACUAUUACUUUCUGUUGUUGAUCUAGUAUCUUUGAUUCCGGUACCAAUGCUAGUAGCGGAUUUACAAGAGAACGAGUUCAUAUUCGGAAUCGCAUUGUGUAAACUGCUGUGGUUCAGCGAAGGCACCAACAAGACCUUGUCGCCGAUGAUUCUCACCGCCUUGUCCAUAGAUCGGUACAUAGCCGUCUGCAAACCAGCACUCAUCUGGAUGAGACAGACGAAGUUUGCUGUUUUUGUGGUCUCUGUCUGCAUCAUGGCGUCUCUGCUCUUCAUCGCUCCUAUCACAGCACAAGCGAAGAUAGCGGACAUGGAGGAUUUCAACGGAAUGGUGUACAGAAAGUGCACAUUAGGCGAGAAUCUAUGGUUUGACUUGGUUCACACGCUCACUUGCUAUGUGGCACCAUUAGUACUGAUAUUCUCUGUCUAUAUAGUGAUUCUCGCCAAACUAUUCCGACAUACACGAUUUUCUACCGUCGGUCGAAAGACGAGCAUCUCUCUAUCCAGAGUGGUCAAGUGCUCAGUGCUUGUGGUCGCUUUUUAUUUUAUUUGCUGGACGCCAUAUUGGACGAUGCGAAUUCAGGCUUUAGCCAACGAAGCGGAAAAGAACGUGGGCGUCACGUUUGGAAAUGACACAUUAGAAGACGUUGAGGAAAUAAUGGAAGAAAAAGGAGCACCUGGAAAUGGAAUAUUCAUCAUGUACCUGAUGCAUUCACUUCCGUAUGCUCAGAGUGCUUUCAACUGGUUAUUCUAUGCAUUUCUUAACCGGAAUCUGCGAAACUCGUCUGGACGAUGUGGUAAUGGUGUGCGUUCGGUCCCGAUGACGAGCACAAUUAUCGAGAACGGUGCAAGUUCGGCAAGUGGAUUGACACCAUUAUGGAAGAAUCUUCAGCAUGUUGGUACUCAAUUGAAAACGGCCAGUAUUGAUACGGGAAAUGCUUUGUUGAAAAUGUCACCGUUUCGUACACGUUCAAGGAUCCAGUCAAGGAGUUCAACGUAUCUGGAUUCGGCAUAUCUGGACCACCUUGUGCCCCCACCACCAAUGACGACCUCAUCUUUACUAGAUCUACAAAAACGUGCGUCAACGCUUAUUCCACGUCAGGAGCCGUCGUUAGUCGGAAAAGCCUUGUCGUUUUCUGACCUUCCCCAUUCUCAUCUGAUCGAGAAGCCAAGAGAACCAACGCCAUCGGCGGUCUCUACAGAUCCAAGAUGCAAGGACGUAACCGUCAUAGCGUUCAUUAUCUAUCCAGCAGCAGCGAACUCUUUCAAUGUGGACUCACUUCGAGGACAAGCGGUCUGCAAACAGCUCAAGGAUACCAUAGCCAAAAUCAAGGAAAAUGUCGCAAAUCGUAUGUUUGAAGAGUCAGUUCGUGGAAAAGUGCCGGAUCCGGAAGACUUGCUAUUACCAGCUGAGAAGGUUCAACUCAAACGUUGUAUUCUGGCGGCGAAGCGUAAUUCACUACCACCGAUAUGUACACAUAACAUGUUGGAUAGCGCCAAUGAUCCAGUACUACAAGCGUUACGUCGUGUGCAGCUGUUCAAUCAUGAUUAUGAUCGAGUGAAGGUGAUUUUCCAUCCGGAAUUCUUGUCUUCCGUCUCACCGCUGAUCGGCUUGGAUUAUGAGGAUUUUGUGCGUGGGUGCCAUCUUGGAGUGUUCCCAAGCUACUAUGAGCCAUGGGGAUACACACCAGCUGAAUGCACUGUAAUGGGUGUGCCAUCGGUGACGACAAAUCUCAGUGGAUUCGGCUGUUUUAUCAACGAACAUGUGACGGAUGCAAAAAGCUACGGUAUCCAUGUAGUAGAUCGUCGUUUCAAAGGAGCAGAUGAGUCUAUCAAUGAGCUGGCCGAUGGGUUAUAUGAGUUCACAUGUCUGUCCCGUCGUCAGCGUAUUAUUGUACGUAAUCGAACGGAACGUCUUAGUGAAUUGUUGGAUUGGAAGACACUUUCAAUAUUCUAUCGGGAUGCAAGAAGAAUGGCGUUAAAGAAAACACAUCCAGAUCUUGAGAUGCGUUUGUCGGAUGCAGUUACAUUCAUGCCACGUCCGAUUUCCGCACCAGGAACGCCUUCUGUAUCCGGACCAACGACACCACAUGAGUCGGACAGCGAAGAUGACAACAAAGUAACACAUGAUAUUUAUGAGUUCUAUGAACGUGCUGACAGCUGGUUAGGUCCAGGACUGAGCAUGAAGAAACGUUUGAAGCUGCACCGUGCCAACGUUGUGUACGCGUCGCGUCCACGUGCGAGCGGUCUAGGAUCAGCUAUGCCUUCUCAUCAGCCUAUUCAAGUAAAACCAAUGAAUAGGCUGCUAAGGGGACCGGAACGUGUGCAUACUCUACACGGAGGAGUGGUCACUUUACCCGGACCGAAGCUCUGUACGCAAGGGUGGUCACUUUACCCGGACCGAAGCUCUAUACGCGAGGGUGGUCACUUUACCCGGACCGAAGCUCUGUACGCUAGGGUGGUCACUUUACCCGGACCGAAGCUCUGUACGCAAGGGUGGUCACUUUACCCGGACCGAAGCUCUAUACGCGAGGGUGGUCACUUUACCCGGACCGAAGCUCUGUACGCUAGGGUGGUCACUUUACCCGGACCGAAGCUCUAUACGGAGGAGUGGUCACUUUACCCGGACCGAAGCUCUACACGGAGGAGUGGUCAGUUUUCUCGGACCGAAGCUCUACACGGAGGAGUGGUCACUUUACCCGGACCGAAGCUCUGUACGCAAGGGUGGUCACUUUACCCGGACCGAAGCUCUAUACGCGAGGGUGGUCACUUUACCUGGACCGAAGCUCUACACGGAGGAGUGGUCAGUUUUCUCGGACCGAAGCUCUAUACGCGAGGGUGGUCACUUUACCCGGACCGAAGCUCUAUACGCGAGGGUGGUCACUUUACCCGGACCGAAGCUCUAUACGCGAGGGUGGUCACUUUACCCGGACCGAAGCUCUAUACGGAGGAGUGGUCGGUUUUCUCGGGCCGAAGCUCUAUACGCGAGGGUGGUCACUUUACCCGGACCGAAGCUCUAUACGCAAGGGUGGUCACUUUACCCGGACCGAAGCUCUAUACGCGAGGGUGGUCACUUUACCCGGACCGAAGCUCUAUACGCGAGGGUGGUCACUUUACCCGGACCGAAGCUCUGUACGCUAGGGUGGUCACUUUACCCGGACCGAAGCUCUAUACGGAGGAGUGGUCACUUUACCCGGACCGAAGCUCUAUACGCGAGGGUGGUCACUUUACCCGGACCGAAGCUCUAUACGGAGGAGUGGUCGGUUUUCUCGGGCCGAAGCUCUAUACGCGAGGGUGGUCACUUUACCCGGACCGAAGCUCUAUACGCAAGGGUGGUCACUUUACCCGGACCGAAGCUCUAUACGCGAGGGUGGUCACUUUACCCGGACCGAAGCUCUAUACGCGAGGGUGGUCACUUUACCCGGACCGAAGCUCUGUACGCUAG